GUCGAAUUUGGCGGCAAAGUUGAAAGUAAAAUAAAGUUAAAAGUGAAAAGUUUUAACGGAGACAAAACGCACAAACACCAGGAACUCGGUGAGAAUCAAACGCUCAAUUAUAACAACAACAACAUUGCUAGAGCAAAAGUGAGUUGAGCCAUCCUGCGUUUUUCUGGAGCUGUCGACCCUCAAAUCACAGCAAUGGAGGUGGGAACCAAGGACUUGAAGGACGCUCUUCCAAGACACCAUCCCAUUGUGCACGUGGAGGUCAUCCAGAAAUCCGACAGCACGGCAAAGAUGGAGGUCGUGGUGUCACACGUGAUGGAGCUGCUGAAGAGGCACCCGCUGGUGCUGUCUGACAUGUCUUGGGACUCGUUUGAAGACAGCUUCCUCCAAACCCACGUCCGGUCGGUGUCCAUCACGGACUUGGACCUGGAGUUCAAUGACCAACAGAUGGUGGAGCUACUGCAAACACCUGUGGAGGUGCACGUGAUCCAGCUGAAUGACGAGGGGCCAUCCAUGGAGGAGCUGAACCAGGGUGACGAGAAUCUCCCUGCAGCCCACCACUGGAUCCUGCCUUCAACCGAAUUCCAUGGACUUUGGGAAAGUCUGGUCUACGAUUCCGAGAUCAAACUGCAGCUGCUCAAUUACGUGAUGACGACACUGCUGUUCUCGGACAAGAACGUGAACAGCAACGUCAUCUCCUGGAAUCGCGUGGUCCUCCUGCACGGACCUCCGGGCACGGGAAAGACGUCCCUGUGUAAAGCCCUGGCACAGAAGCUCUGUAUAAGGCUGUCGAAAAGGUAUCGAUACGGGCAGCUGAUUGAGAUUAACAGCCACAGCCUCUUCUCUAAAUGGUUCUCGGAGAGUGGCAAGUUGGUGAUGAAGAUGUUUCAGAAGAUCCAGGAGAGCAUCGACGACCAGGAGGCCCUUGUCUGCGUGCUCAUUGAUGAGGUGGAGAGCUUGACGGCGUCGCGCUCCGCGUCGCACUCGGGAACGGAGCCGUCGGACGCAAUCCGCGUGGUGAACGCGCUCCUCACCCAGAUCGACCAGAUCAAGCGGUACUCCAAUGUGAUCAUCCUGACAACGUCAAACAUCACGGGGAAAAUCGACGCAGCCUUCGUCGAUCGUGCCGACAUCAAGCAGUACAUCGGGCCCCCCUCGGUCUUGGCCAUCUACCAGAUCUUCCUGUCUUGCCUCGUGGAGCUCAUGAAGAAGGGCAUCAUCCGUACACACCAACUGCUGAGCUUCCGGCAGCUGGAGAUGAUGAAAUUUGCCGAAACAGACAUGUCGCAGCCCAGCCUGUACCUCCACACCAUCGCUAAAAAGAGCGAGGGCCUGAGUGGAAGGGUCCUGCGGAAACUCCCCUUCAUCGCCCACGCGCUCUACGUUAAGGAAUCCACUACGACACUGUCAUGCUUCCUGGAGGCGUUGUCGCAGGCCGUCGAUCGUCAGUUCACCGAGCGCGCCAAUCUCGCCUAGCGGACUCGGAAUUCCGGCCACAAAUUACGGGAACCGUGAAUGACACUUGCCGCAUUUGGGAGGUAGCUGCGGGGGGUGUCCAGUUACCACGUGAAGACGUCUUGUUUUUUUCUCGUGUUGUCAUUUAAAAUCUGUAACAAUGUUAUUAAUUUAAUCUUUUAUUUUUUCUUUAAGGGUUUGUCCAGUGCAAUAAUGGACAUUUGUUUAAAUGCUUUUAUAAAAUGCAAUUAAAACUUGUGCACCAAAGUUUAGGUGUCCGAUUGCUUAAGUUUACCUUCAGUCUUGAUUUGAAGCCUUCGUGAAUGGAGGAAUCCAUACUCUUUGGUUCUUUCGGUAAAGUCACGUAGAGUAGAAAAUAAAUCACGACGUUUCGGGUGCAACUCAAGCGUCCAUCAUGCCGAGGCAGCAGGCCAAGCUUUCCCACCUGAUGAUGGAUGCUUGUGUUGUGCCCGAAACGUCGUGAUUGAUUUUAUUUUAUACCUAUGUGAUUUUACCGAAAGAACCAAAGAGUUUGUGUUUACCUUCAGUGUUCACGAUGAUGGCUUGUGUAAUGGACAAGCUUUGCGAUGUUGGUUGCACAACUUUAUACUUGAGAUGUCCUUUAUUGGUAUCAUUCACGUCAAUCCACCGCUAGAUGAAGGCCUCCCCACAUCAACAUCCCUUGUGGUGUUAAGAUUUCAUAAAUCAUCGUGCUCCUGCACGCGAGCUAAACUCACUCUAUUUUCUGUGGUCUCCCUCUUUGAGUGCGUCAACUCCUCUCUUGCUGCCAUUGGCACCAGUUGUCCACUAACCAACAAUCCCCCCUUAUGAUGACGUCUUCAACCCAAAUAAGUCUUUAAUUUGCAACUGUCUUACCCAUGUGUUCCUCUGUAUCUUGGUGUAAUUCCCAACAUGUUGCACAAUUUUUUUUUGCUUUGUACAAUUUUCAGUUUGUUACAUUUUCCUUGUUGUCAUAGCAAAUAACACAUAUCAAGAUGCAACUAUUACUGGUAGGAACCUCCUGGUUACACCAGCCCACAGGGGAUUAUUGUGUCCGUCCGUCCUGCAUCAAAAAAUGG